CUCGCAAUCGUUUUGAUCGGGCAUGAAGGAAGGUGGUCGGUGAUCGUGCGCUCUCUCAGUUCACUUUGAAAUGCGCUGUCCUCCCAAAGGUUACGUCCCGUUGACUUCUUCGAUUUUGGCCUUCUUGGGCUUGGCCAUUAUUUGGAUCUUGACACAACCUAUGGGACCCAAGGGCCUACCAUCGAAAAGAUAUCUUCAUUUCAAAGCGUUUGAUCUCAUUCCUGUGAGUUUGGAUGGUAAUUGGACUUUGCAUGACAUUCAGCGAAGGUCCAAUGUUCCAAAAAUAGUCAAAAUACGGCACAUGGACGACUAUCCCGCUUUCCCAAGCUUUAUUAACGACCAAUCAAUCACCCACCUGGAUCAUAAUUGGGCAGGGAACGCAUCAGCGUCCUCAAAUCUUCUGAUAUUCAACCGAGUUCAGGAAACCGAAUACUCCGCCGUUCAAGAGAAUUUGAACAAUCUCAAACGAAGCGAAAACCUCUUCACGGUUUGGAAUGAUUCAGUCACACACAGCUUAUCCAUUGCGGAAGAAUUGAAAUUCGCGCAAUCUCGUCAUUUCCAAUAUCCUGGUCCGCACUUUUUUGAGGGACAUUUCUAUUUUGUGGACCUAGCUUCCCACGGUGUCAAAACCCAACCCAUUUGGAUCAAUUUUGUUCGUGAUCCCGUUGAAAGGAUUGUCUCCAAUUUUUACUCCAAUCGAUCGCCAAAACGAUGGUUUCUAGCCAAGCAAAAACCCCCCAAUGACUACUUUGUCAAAAACUUUGACGCAUGUGUGUUGUCACAUGAUCCAGAGUGUCAGUUCCGACCGGGUCAGUAUCGUGAGCAACAAUUGACCUACUUUUGCGGAAAUUCUCCAAUUUGCCGAGAAAUUGGGAACCACCAAGCCCUGGCAAUGGCCAAAAUUAAUGUGGAACGCUUCUAUUCAGUAGUGGGUCUAACCAGUGAGAUGGGACCCAGCUUGAAGCUUUUGAGCGCCAAAUUGCCCAAGUUUUUCCAGAAUGUCACCUCUAUGGAAGAUGAACUCAAACAUAUCAAUCAUAAACCAUACAAAAUGCCUUUGCCAGGAGUGCGGCGGAAACUUACUUCCAAAUUGGUCCUGGAAAUGGAGUUCUACGAGUUCAUUCGCCAGAGGUUGGGUCGACAGCUUCGAGAAGGCCUAUGAGAUUUUAAACAUAACUGCACCUACUUCUACUCAAAAUACUAAAAUGUAGGAACAUCUAGUAACGUCAAACUAAUAUUCAUAUUAGACGAGGGAGUCCUUUCUCCUUUGAUAAUUGUAAAUGAUGGAGUUCAUUUGUCAUUGGUUACUGAUUUGGAACCGUCAUCUUAAGGAGAAUCUGUGACCUAUUCAAGCAGA